GGGCUCGCCAAGAGGAGGAGCGACAGGCGGUGGGCGUGUUAGCGGGGGGGUGGCUCAGCACCUGUCAUCCGUCGCAGGCGGACGACAUCGAGAUCGCGGGCUACUGGUUCCGCGAUGGCGAGGAGCCCGGGAUGUGCACCUUGGUUCCUGGGCAAGACUUGGAGGAGGCGCUACGCAAUGUGAUCGAAGUGGGGCGCACGGCGCGCAUUGGGCUGCCUGGAGGGUCGAGUGUAGUGACCUUCGUCGAGGGCGACACUGUGUUCUGGGGCGAACCCAUCGACGGUCGCACAAGCGGCCCGAUCUCGGAGAUCACGACUCUGCACGUCGGCCCGGAGGCGGAGACGGCAAGGGGCCCUGGCCAGCCUGACGAGGAGGUUCCAGAGGGUCCAAUUGAGGAGCAGGGCCCUGACCAGGCUGACGAGGAGGUUCCAGAGGGUCCAGUUGAAGAGGAAGGUCUUGCGCAGGAGACCGCGGAGCAGGAAGAUGACCUUAUGGAGAUUACGAAUGAAGGAGAAGCCGCGGAGGAGGCUGAUCCCAUGGAGAAGGCGGCCACGCAGUGGGAGGAGGUGAUGGCAGCAGCAGACGGAGGAGAUGAAGCGGCGGGCGUCCUGCGGGCGUUCGUGUUGCAGAAGCAUGGUGCAAGGGCUCCGGCGGCGCUGUGGACGAUGCUGAAGGUCUUCGGGCGGCACGGCUGGCGCGACUUGCCGAUUGGAGGACUGGGGUCGCUCACGAGGGAGAUCCCAGCGGAAGUCUUCUUCAACGAGGAGCCUCCGGAGGUCCUCUUCGACCGCGUCAACCCCGAGGCCGUGAAGGAGAUCGGCAGGCGGGUGCUGAGCAAGGUCUUCAGGACUGCAGACGGAUGUGGGCCCACGCUGCUGAGGAUCGCAGGGGACAUCCUGAAGCAAUGUGGCAGAGGCAUGUUGUCAGGAGCGCGCUGCUUCCUCACGACCUACCGGGAGGAGAGCAAGAUGAUGGAGAUCGGCAUGAAGGGGAGGCGGUACAGCGGAUUCUGCCCUGUCGUCAAGAAGAAGAAGAAGGACGAAGAGGAGGAGGACCACUCCCCGCAGCCCGACGGUGGGCUUGUGUCUGCGCAUGUGCGGACGAGCGUCUUCGCCCAGCCCUGUUGGUUGAGAGACGUCUUCAGAGCGGGACUCCCCAACCACUUCGUCUUCGACUUGGUGAACGCGGAGUAUAUCGACCGCCGGGACACCGUGCUCUCGGAGACCCACGUGGAGCGGUGGAUCGCGAAGCAGCUCUACCUGCCCCUGCUCUACGGUGGCUCUGUCAAGGCCUGGAAAAUGGAGCACAAGAUCACGGCUUUUGCGCGGGAGGGGUUCGCUCACAGGUUUGCGAAGGAGAUGUCGGAGGGCCGAAAGAAGGACUGUGGCGCUCGCAAGGGAGAGCUGGGCAAACUCCGGCAGAUGACAGCAAGGCCCGUGGAGUUCCUCCAGUACGCCCUCAACACGGCGACCGAGAGGGAGCUCGUUGACCUCGUCGUCAACAAGGUCGAGGAGGACCCUGAGGCGGCGGUCUGCGCCUUCGAGCACGACGGCCUCUUCCUCUACUACCCGGCAGGCCAGAAGAAGCUCUUCGCGGACAUCAAGAGUGCGCUGGGUGACGUCAGCUUCACGGUCAAGCCCACGCUGUCCGUCAAGGAUGCGCUCGCGACAGCCGAGGCGGAGAUCCUGAAGCAGGCGCCGGAGCUGGGUCACUUGUGGAACCAAGUGGACGAUGCGUGGCUUGAUCACCACAACGUCAUCAUGCAGGCGUACGAGGGGAGCCUGACGUACCACGGCCUGUACGCAGAGGUCGCGUUGAGGUCGCCAGCGGUCUCUCCGGACGUGCCGUAUCCUCUGACGGCAAUAUUCAAGAUGAUUGUUGACACUGGACAUAAAUGUUGGUUUAGCUGCAGUCGCAGUGCGUGGUUUUUGACCGGGGACAGCACCAUCGACGCGCUCAAGCUCGCAGCCUCGAAAAUUUGUGUACGGGAUCUCUCCGACUACAUCUGCUCCUGGUCGACGUCAGAGGAUGCCAUCGCCACCGCCAACAUCCGCUGGGAAUACACAGGAGAGAGCUUCAAAAGUGGCCUGGCGGCCAGCCUCAAACCUGCCCUUGGGGUGGCGCAGAGCGAGUUCGAUCUGGAUGGUGAGGAUACCAGGAAGUACCUUAACUUCAACGGCAAGGUCUUCAAUGCGGAGACUCUGCAGUGGUCGCCCAUGCGCCCGGAGAUGAAGAUCACGCGCAACACCGGCUGGGAUCACAAGUGGCCGGUCUGGUGGGGCGACUACGGAGCCGAGCUUCUGGGAGUGCUCAAGGAGGUGCGGCGCCAGCAGGACUCCUUCAAGGACAAUGAGAGGGAGUACACCCUGAGUGCGGCUGUGCAGAAGCGCCUGGACGAGCUGUGCGGCAAGAUCCCCGCUCUGGAUGUGGUGCACACCUGGACCCGCGACGAUUGGGAGUCCACGAUCUUUGAGUUGUCGCUGUUCGCCAAGGGCACCUUCGGCCUGACGCAAGCCUGCGGCUUGUGGACCCGUGGAGUGGGGCGCAACGGGAAAGACACGGCGGCGAACAUGAUGGACUCAGUGCUGGGUGGCUACAGUGUGUCGCUGCUGGCGAGCACCCUCAGCAAGAUCAGGGACCCGAAUGCCCCGUCGCCGGCCUACGCAUUGCUGCGGGCACGCCGCUUCGUGGCGGUGAGGGAAAUAGACAAGUGUGAUCCGAUCCGUCAGCAGAUCUACAAGACGGUGACAGAUCCCAACAGCGUCUUGUCUGGCCGCGAUGUUUAUGAAAAACAAGUCUCGUUCAAGCCGCAGUUCUUGAUGUUCUUUGCGAGCAACGAGCCGCCGGCACUCGUCAAUGACCUCGCGAACAGAGAAAGAACCUGCAUAAUAGAGCAUGUGAGCAUUUUCUCUGACGAGCCGGUUGAAGAGAACCAGGUGAAAUGGAAGGAUGUAGAAAAGACGAUGCUGAGGACUGACGAGGGCCGCGCCGAGUUCUUCGCGAUCCUGUACGCCGUCUACAAGGAGCUGCUGCAUGACAAUCCGCGGCGGAGCAUCGGUCCGAUGCCGCAGAAGUGCAGGGCCUUCCUGGAGGAGGAGCUUGACGACAAGGUCAUGGCGGCGACCAAGGACUUCAUCCGGACGAGGCUGGAGAGGGCACCGCGGGGCAAGGCGACGCCCGAGUCUGCGGUCCACGACGCCCUGGCGAAGCACAUCGAGGAGAAGGCCCCGCCGGAGGACCACAAGCCGCGGACCGUGCGCUGCGGCGAUCUCUUGAAGCAGCUGGGCGUGGUGAGAAGCGACAAGCGUGGAAAGGCCGCGACGCUCGGGGGAAGGAAGAACGUGUACCACCUGCACUACAAGUUCGAGGGCACGGACGGAUCCAAGGACGACAAGCCCACGCCGGUGCGCCUGAUCGGCUAUGAGCCAGAGGACAAGUAG